UUAUUGCGUCUAAAAACAUCUUUCUGUCCAAAUUCAUAAACACGACUUUUUUUGUUUUCGUCUUUUUCUCAUCGAAUCACCAUCCUAAAACAAUGAAUUCACCACAAGAAAUCUCCAUUCUCUUCUUCUUCAUCAUCUUCUUAGACUAUGUAUCUGCUCAAUCUCCUCCUCCUCCUAAUCUAUACGCAACAAGCGACCUUUUCAAGCCAAGCUUAGCUAUCAUCACCGGAGUUUUCUCCAUCGUCUUCACUCUCACCUUUGUUCUCCUCGUCUACGCGAAAUGCUUCCACAAUGACCUCCGAUCAGAGACCGACAGUGAUGGAGAAAGAAUACGACAUGAUCGUCUCUGGCAAGGACUUUUCAAUCGGUCUUCAAGAUUCUCUGGUCUUGACAAGAAAGCAAUCGAAUCUCUUCCCUUUUUCAGAUUCUCUGCUUUGAAAGGAUUGAAACAAGGGCUUGAAUGUUCUGUUUGUUUGUCUAAAUUCGAAGAUGUUGAGAUUCUUAGGCUUUUGCCUAAAUGCAGACACGCUUUUCAUAUUGGUUGUAUUGACCAGUGGCUUGAGCAGCACGCUACGUGUCCUUUGUGUAGAAACAGAGUCAAUAUUGAAGACGACCUCUCUGUGUUGGGUAAUAGCAGCACUAGUCUUAGGAUCUUGAACCAAUCUGAGACAAGAGAAGAAGACUCGAGGUUGGAGAUUUACAUUGAACGCGAAGAAGGAACUAAUGACGGGUCAUCAAGAUUCAGCAGUUUCCGAAAGAUUCUAAAGAAAUCGUUGUUGCUUGAGCGAGAAGGAAAUGAGAACAUCGAUGAGAAGAAACUUAUGCACAAGUUCAAUCACAGGAUCGUUGUUUCGGAUGCUGUGUUUAAGAACCGCUGGAGUAAUAUCACUUCAUCUGAUUUGACGUUUUUGACAUCAGAAAUGCUGAAUUCGGUGUCAAGCGACAGAUUUUCGUCGGUGGAUCGAGUGCAUAGAGGUAACUUGCGGGACAAGGAAGAUAUGGAAAUGAAAAGAAUGUUGAUUAAGCACAAAGACUCAUCCAGAAGAACGGUUUCUGAGAUCACGACUGUUUCAAGAGAAAAGGCGGUUGGAGGAAGCUACAGAGGUUCAACCGCGUCCACUUCGCAGAAUUAUGCCGUUACUGCGACCACGGAAGAAAGAAGACGGCGGUUAUGGCUGCCGAUCGCUAGAAGAACGGCUCAGUGGUUUGUUAACAGAGAGAAAAGUAAUGACCUAAACACGACACGCCAAAAUCUUAAUGUAUAGUUUUUUCCCCUUUAACACAAUUUACAAAAAAAAAUCUCAUAGUGCAUUUUAAGAGUUUGUUGAAUAACUAAAACUAGAAUGGUCCUGGCUUUUAGGGUUGACUUUAUGUAUAAACUCGUUAUGGUUCCGGAUUUGCAAAUACUCUUUGGGGACCAUUUGAUCGGUCACUUGGGUUUUGGCCAACAUGUUUUACAUGUGAAAUUUGUUGUAGUAGACUUGCAAGAAAACUCUUUACUAAUA